CUAGCGGACAGUCUCUACAAUUACUACAUGCUGACAUGUAUAAAUGUACUUAAAAAUGUUUUCCAGACUCACUGCUUUAACUCUCCGAGUUAAGUAUUUUCCGACACUCAGUACUUUAAGCUCCAGCUGCAGGUUGAUGGUGGAACAUGACCGACAGAACCAGCGCUUCACCGUCACCCCGGGCAGCGGAACCGGGGCCCAUGAAUGUGCGGUGCUGAACUACAGAUUCACUGGGGAGAAGGAGGUGGAUCUAAUGUCGACCUAUGUACCAGAGACAUUCAGGGGCCAAGGUGUUGCUGCACUGCUGUCUCAGGCUGCCAUGGACUAUCUGGUUGAAGAAAACCUCAAGGCUCAUGUCUCCUGUUGGUACAUAAGGAAAUACAUUGAGGACCACCCAUUGCAACAUUUAAAGGACCUCAUCAUCACUUGACUUCAGCUUAUUUUUCCAACUAUAGCCUGAACUGCUACCUCAAGUCAACUACAAGCUCAUACCUCACUGUACAACACUAGAGGCCAAAGGGAUGAUGUAAAGCUACUAGUUGAUCUGUGCAGUUAAAUGUUGUAGUUAUGAGUAAUGAUUCUUUUUCUCUGGAAUUGUCUGAAGUUUCAUAUUAUAGAAAUAAUUGAUCAGACCUGUCAAAGUCAGGCAUAGUAUAAUUCAAUUUUAUUUUGAUGAUCUUAAACCAGCAAAUUUGUGUGUUAUUCUUAUUAGAUUGCUCUUUUUAAUCUUGUAUCUGUAUAUAUGUUAUAAUUUCUCACAAACUUGAUUAUAUUUAUUAAUUAUUCAAUGUUGGGACAACACAUUAAAAUCUUAAUCAAGGCUUAAUGUUUAGAUAUUGACAAUGUCUGCACCGUUUUUUAUGACAAAUUUUGUGACUAAUAUUUAGCCAGAGUAGAACUUUGUGCUUGUUGACAAUUAAAGCAUUAACCUUUCUUUUUUAAGUAUUAGGAGGUUCCGAAUGAAAGGUUAAUUAUCAUUAUGGGCAUCUAGUCUGACUGCCUGAA